AUGUGCGGCGGCGCCAUCAUCUACGACUACAUCCCGGCGCACCGCCGCCGGGUGUCCACCGCCGACUUCUGGCCCGACGCCGACCAUUCCGACGCCCACAGCGCCGCCCCCGACAAAGGUAAACUCACCUCACAGUAUUCCCUUUGGCAACGGGCGUCCGUGCGUAGGAGUAAAACUCAUUGGUUUGGUUUGGUUGCAGCGCCGCGCGCGAAGCGGGGGCGGACGAACCAGUACCGAGGCAUCCGGCAGCGGCCGUGGGGCAAGUGGGCGGCGGAGAUCCGCGACCCCGUGAAGGGCGUCCGCGUCUGGCUCGGCACCUACCCCACCGCCGAGGCCGCCGCGCGCGCCUACGACCGCGCCGCGCGCCGCAUCAGGGGCGCCAAGGCCAAGGUCAACUUCCCCAACGAGAUCCUGGUCGGCGCGCCCGCGCACGAGGCCCCGUGCACGAUGGCGGCCGUGCUCCCUUCCCCCAAGAAAGAGGAGGAGCCCGCGGCGUGCUCCUGCGAGGAGGUGAAGGCGCUCUCCGAGGAGCUGAUGGCGUACGAGAGCUACAUGAGCUUCCUCGGGGUCCCCUACAUGGAGGGCGGGGCCGCGGCCGCGGCCGCCCCUGCCGCCGUCGGUGUCGCCGCCGAGGAUGCACCGGCCGAGCUAUGGAGCUUCGAGGACAGCUACUACCCGGGGCCUCUGGGGCUCUGA